UGCUUGGUCAGUGUCAAUUGUUGUUGUUUAAAGAGGCGCUCGGCGUGAACAGGUACAGGAUGCUGCGUCUACGUUGCAAAGCUAAGAAUGGGACCCAUCUGAUGCAGGGCCUUACACACCAAUCUUGUGUUCAGGAACUUAAAGAUAAGAUCGAGGAGCUGACAGGGAUACCAUGUGAUGUACAGAAGAUCAUGGUCGGCUAUCCACCAUCCAGCCUGGAUCUACGCAACGGUGAAGCCCACCUCAAAGACUACCCUAUCAAAUCAGGAGACACGUUGAUUGUAGAGGAGGAGAAGAACAAACCCAAACCCCCAGUGCAACCCGCUGUGACCAAAGGGCCCAGCUUUGAAGUGACCCCAGUCGUUGAGCGCCGCGUAGUGCCCGCCGACAACUCCUGUUUGUUUACUAGUGUGAACUAUGUAAUGGAAGGCGGCGUGUACGACCCGGCCUGCACGUCCGAAAUGCGUGGUCUCAUCGCCCAAAUAGUAGCCAGCGACCCCACCGCUUAUUCAGAAGCCGUUUUGGGAAAAACCAAUGAAGAAUACUGCGCGUGGAUCCGUCGAGAUGACACGUGGGGAGGGGCCAUUGAAGUUUCCAUCCUCUCCAAGUUCUACCAAUGUGAAAUCUGCGUCGUGGACACUCAAACGGUACGCGUGGAUCGAUUCGGCGAGGAUGCUGGGUACACCAAGCGAGUGCUGCUUAUUUAUGACGGGAUUCAUUACGAUCCGCUUCAGAAGGUGUUGCCUGGUUCUGAUGUCCCUGCACAGACUGUGUUCUCCACCAUAGAUGAUGUUAUUUUAGCUCAAGCGCUGGAACUAGCAGACGAAGCACGGAGGAAACGUCAGUUUACAGAUGUAAACCGGUUUGCUUUGCGCUGUAUGGUGUGCCAGACUGGCCUGGUAGGGCAGAAGGAGGCGAGGGAACAUGCUAAGGAGACAGGCCACACCAAUUUUGGAGAGGUGUGAUCUCGGUUCCAUUUUUAAAAUCACCGUCACUGCCACGCCACCUGACAUGGUACCCGCUCUAUCACUGCUGCCUGUUCCAGCUCGGUACAGUCCUCUACCUCACAUUGUCUUCAGGAGACUUUCACGUGUCGAGUUACCCAAGAAUACAGUGUUCUUUUGGUUUCAGUUUACUCUUGAGAAGUAUUCAAUUGUGUUUUUUUUUUUUUUUGCCUGACGUGAGGACAAGCCGUCGGUUCAAACCAAAAUGUUUAAAAGGGAUUUUCCACUACUUUAACCCGUCUUGUUUGUUACGCUGAUUACAAUACUUGUAUUAUGCUGACUCGAAACACAUCCAGGUCAUAUUUCCACUCUGAAAAAGAGAGAAUUUCUAUACUGUUCUGCUAAUAUCACUACGUUUUCAAGAGAAUCUGGCACGCAUAUACAUUCUUCUGCUGUAAUUUGAUAUAUUUUUGUAUUAUUUCUACAUUACAGGUUUGCUUUAUUUUGAUUUGUUUGAUUGCAAUGAUUAUUAAUUGUAAGCUAAAACUUGCUGAAUUACAUUUUAAAGGGAUAGUUCAGCCUGUAAUGACAGUGAACUCACUAUUUACUCACACCAGUUUCUUUCUUUUGUUGAACACAAAAGAAGAUAUUUUGAAAAGCUGAAAACAGGUAACCAUUGACUUCCAUAGUAGGAAAAACAAAUACAAUGGAAGUCAGUGGUUACUGGUUUCCUACCUACUUCAAAAUAUCUUCUAUUGUGUUCAACAUAUAAACUCAAAGGUUUGAAAGAGUAAAGUAGGAGUAAAUAAUGACAGAUUUUUUGUUUUUGGGUGAAAUAUCCCUUUAAUAUUUGUGAAAAAUUAGGAAAAUAACAUAUGCUAAAUAUAAGUGUUAAUUCUGGUGUUAAAUGUGACCAUGACAUGUUUUAACCCAUGACCUCAUGUUAAAAACUUCUAAAACUGACAAUAUGUAUGGCAGAAUCGUAGAAAUGCUGGAUUAAAAUCGUCUAGGGGGUUGAAUAGAGAUCGCGAUAUUUUUCCGAUUAAUCGUGCAGCUUUAAUUUCUACAUUACAGGUUUGCUUUAUUUUGAUUGCAAUGACUUUUAAUUGUAAGCUAAAACUUGCUGUAUUACAUUUUAAAGGGAUAGUUCAGCCUGUAAUGACAGUGAACUCACUAUUUAUUCCCCCUUAAGUAGUCCCAAACCUUUGAGUUUCUUUCUUCUGCUGAACACAGUAGAAGAUAUUUUGAAGAAUGCUGAAAACAGGUAACCAUUGACUUCCAUAGUAGAAAAAACAAUGAAAGUCAAUGGUUACUGGUUUCCUGCCUACUUCAAAAUAUCUUCUAUUGUUUUCAACAUAUAAACUCAUAAAUGUCUGAAACGAGUAAAGUAGGAGUAAAUAAUGACAGAUUUUUUGUUUUUGGGUGAAAUAUCCCUUUAAUAUUUGUGAAAAAUUAGGAAAAUAACAUAUGCUAAAUAUAAGUGUUAAUUCUGGUGUUAAAUGUGACCUAGACAUGUUUUAACCCAUGACUUCAUGUAAAAAAAACUUCUAAACCUGACAAUAUGUAUGGCAGAAUCGUAAAUGCUGGAUUAAAAUCGUCUAGGGGGUUGAAUCGAGAUCGCGAUCUUUUUCCGAUUAAUCGUGCAGCUCUAAUUUCUACAUUACAGGUUUGCUUUAUUUUGAUUCAUUCGAUUGCAAUGACUUUUAAUUGUAAGUUAAAGCUUGCUGUAUUACAUUUUAAAGGGAUAGUUCAGCCUGUAAUGACAGUGAACUCACUAUUUAUUCCCCCUUAAGUAGUCCCAAACCUUUGAGUUUCUUUCUUCUGCUGAACACAGUAGAAGAUAUUUUGAAGAAUGCUGAAAACAGGUAACCAUUGACUUCCAGAGUAGAAAAAACAAUGGAAGUCAAUGGUUACAGGUUUCCUGCCUACUUCAAAAUAUCUUCUAUUUUGUUCAACAUAUAAACUCAUAAAUGUCUGAAACGAGUAAAGUAUGAGUAAAUAAUGACAGAUUUUUUGUUUUUGGGUGAAAUAUCCCUUUAAUAUUUGUGAAAAAUUAGGAAAAUAACAUAUGCUAAAUAUAAGUGUUAAUUCUGGUGUUAAAUGUGACCUAGACAUGUUUUAACCCAUGACCUCAUGUAAAAAACUUCUAAAAUGGACAAUAUGUAUGGCAGAAUCGUAGAAAUGCUGGAUUAAAAUCGUCUAGGGGGUCGAAUCGAGAUCGCGAUCUUUUUCCGAUUAAUCGUGCAGCUCUAAUUUCUACAUUACAGGUUUGCUUUAUUUUGAUUCAUUCGAUUGCAAUGACUUUUAAUUGUAAGCUAAAACUUGCUGUAUUACAUUUUAAAGGGAUAGUUUAGCCUGUAAUGACAGUGAACUCACUAUUUAUUCCCCCUUAAGUAGUCCCAAACCUUUGAGUUUCUUUCUUCUGCUGAACACAAUAGAAGAUAUUUUGAAGAAUGCUGAAAACAGGUAACCAUUGACUUCCAUAGUAGAAAAAAAACAAUGGAAAUAAAUGGUUACUUGUUUACUGCGUACUUCAAAAUAUCUUCUUUUUUUGGUUCAAUAUAUAAACACACAAACGUUUGAAAUGAGUAAAGCAUGAGUAAAUGAUCACAGAUUUUUCAUUUUGGGUGAAAUAUCCCUUUAAUAUUUGUGGAUAAGUCUUAAUUCUGGUGUUAAAUGUGACCCAGACAUGUUUUUAACCCAUGACCUCAUGUAAAAAAAACUUAGAACUGACAGUAUGGACAAUGCUAGCUAAACUAUUAGUAGUACUAAACAACUAAUGAUUUUUAAUGAGUGCUAAGCAUUAAUAUUUUGGCAUUUUGAGUUGAUCGAAUCAUGUAUGGUAAUCUCUCCACAUACAGUGUGCUUUAGGAUGUGGUCAGAGGAGUAUUAAUAAAGCGCUGGAGCAAAGCUAAAGACAUGCCUUUGAUGAUGACAUGAUACACAUGGCAUUAAUGUAUUUAUAUUCUAUCUGUCUUUGUAAGGUCAUAGGCAAAGCUUCUGAACAAUCGAUGAUGGCACUACAUGAAGUCUUACGUUCACUGGCUCCAUUGUACCUGUUACUUGAAUUAGUCAAACGAUAUGAGUUCUCAAUAUGGUUUUUCAGGAAGCUAGCUAACUAGAAACCUGUGGGUUUUACAAUUGAAGUGGACAACCAAUGGUGCUGAUAGUAGAUUCUCACUGAGUCUGUAGAUUUUGUUUCGUUUUUUCUCUGAAGGGCACUUGUGUAAUUUUUGCAAACGACCACACAAGAUUGUUUUAUGCAAAAUGUGUUCAUUCUUUCUCAAGUGUCUGUGACUUGCUGUUAGCACGAGUGAUUGUAGUGAAACUUUAAAUGGAGAAAUGUGUAAUAUUGGACUUAUUUUCCUGGCAUAUUACGGAGGAACACGUUUAGCUGUAGAAAAGUAUUAUAGUAUUAGGCUGUGGAUGAACCGUAGGGAGAAGACAACUUGUAGGGCCUGAAGAUGAUGUACAUUCUCAGUAUUUUCAGUCAGGUACAAUCCACAAGGGUGUUUAUUCGUUUGCAGCUUUUUUAUUUUGGAGAAAUUGUGCCAUUGCAAGGCCAAAGGACUUUUAUUCUCUUUAUUUUGCAGUGAUUUAUUUAUUUUUAAUUGCCGUGAUCAGUGUUUUAUCUACACUAAAGUAACUGAGUGAGGAACUGCAUGUACAGCACUCAUUGCUACAAAGUCACUGGUUAUACUGAGUUAAUGAUAAAUAAACUUGAAUUGAUAUAUA